AUGUCCAAGCGUGUGUUACCACGCCCUCGACCUCAUUACACACCACAAAAGCCCAGCGGCCUCUCCUUCCUGGUCCGACGAUGCUCAGACCCGAAGGAACCCCGGUUCUGGGGUGAACGUAUUAUCUCUCCGACUCUGCUGCCACCUGCACCUGCUCCCGGUUUCGUCCCGUUUGCAGGAGCGUCUGUUCUUCCGCACGCACCAACCGAGUCCCCGCGCUUUGCUGUAGUCCUAACGCCAAGCACGCUGCGGAAGCAGCUGCUCCGCAAGCCGACCUUCCCUGCGCGAACGAACCCCCGGACCGAGAGGCGCGGAGAAAGGGAUCCCGAUGUCACCAAGGUGGUAGCUAAUGAAGCCACAGUCCUGGAUGUCCCCGCUGAGGUUAGCGGGCCACCCGCCAAACGUUCCCACAGGCUGCAGGAAGAGGAAAGCACAGCUUCCGAACACGAGCCAUGGCAAGCCAAGGUGCCGAGGAGUGGGAGUCAGCAGCUCGAGACCGGCUCAACCGCUGAGGCUAACGGUGGGUGCGAGGAAGAACUGGACAAGGGCGUGGAUCCCAGAUCUGCAGCAGAAAAAGCAGAGAUGGGGCAUAAAGAGGCGUGUCCAGGAGACCUGGAUCUGCUGUCGCCCUCAAGCAGGGUUCGACUCGGUGCUCGCUUGGUUGGAAAGCCUUGUGAGGUGCAUGCUCUGGCCAGCCAGGUCCAGAAGUGCCUGCAGGACUGCGGUGGCAGGGCAGCUGGGCAGGAAUCCCAGCAGCCCAGUCCUUCUGAAGGACAGAGUUCAGAAACUUGUGAGAAAGAGAGCAAAGCUGCCAAAGACUCCAAACCGGCAUCCCCAGAGCAUGGGAGAAAGGGCCCGCCUGAGGGGCAGGAGGACUGCACGGCGCUGGUGGAGGGUCAUUCUGGCAGUCCAGGCCCCCCACCAAAAGCUCUGUCCCAGAAGGAGACGGUGAAGCGCAGGUACCACUGCGGGGAGUGUGGCAAAGCCUUCCUGCAGCUCUGCCACCUGAAGAAGCACCGCUUUGUCCAUGCCGGCCACAAGCCCUUCCUGUGCACAGAGUGUGGCAAGAGCUAUAGUUCAGAGGAGAGCUUCAAGGCCCACGUGUUGGCCCACCAGGGCGUGUGGCCUUUCCAGUGCACCCAGUGCGACAAGGCGUACCGCACCAAGCGAGACUUGCAGGAGCACCAGGUCCUGCACACCGGCCAGCGCCCCUUCUCCUGCGAGCAGUGUGGCAAGGCCUUUGCACGCCGGCCCUCCCUCCGCGUUCACAGGAAGAUCCACCUGGCUGCCGGGACUGGCCCAGCUGGUCCCGAGGGAUGCCAGUGUGCCAUAUGUGGACGUCACCUGGCCAACCCUGGCUCCUUGUGCAACCACAUGCGCCUGCACACGGGGGAGCGACCGUACGCCUGUCCCUACUGCGGCAAGGACUUCCGACAGCAGAGCAACCUGCGCGAGCACCUCCGCCUGCACACGGGCGAGAAGCCCUACAAGUGCCGCUUCUGCAGCGACGCCUUCCCCAAGCUGCCAGAGCUGCGGCGACAUCUCAUCUCCCACACGGGCGAGGCCCACCUGUGCACCGUCUGCGGCAAGGCGCUGCGGGACCCCCACACGCUGCAUGCCCACGAGCGCUUGCACACAGGCGAGCGCCCUUUCCGCUGCGAGCGGUGCGGCAGGGGCUACACCCCGAGCCUCGCGCGCCACGCGCUCGCCCACAAGGCAGCAAAGGACCCCAAGGAACUCGCCACUGCGGUGGCCUCUCUUGCUGCGGACCCACCCCAGGCAGCAAGGGAGAGGCCUCAGAAGAAGGGCCACCAGGAGGGGGCUGCGGCAGAACCCACCUUGCUCAUGGUGGAGGUGCCGGGGCUGGCAAACGAGGCCAAGCUCCUGAUGGCAGCUGGCAGUCACUGCACUGCUACUUACCAGUCUCAAGGCAGUCCCCCAGAUCCUGGGGCACACAGGAGGCCCGCUGGGCAUCUGCCAUCAGCAAAGGACAUCAUCAAAAUCACCAUCUCCGAGGGUGAGGACAAGUGCAUUGUAGUGCAGGACGAGGGCUCACCAAGUGAUGUGGUCAUCAUCCAGGAGGGGGUGGGCUUCGGAGCAGUGGCAGAAGUGGUGGAGGUUGAGACUGGGACCUGA